CUUCCACCGACACCGGCGAGGAGCAACGUUCCACAACUGUCGGUGUUUUAUUCAGAGUCCGUCUAUGUCGAAAGCAAACAGGACCUGCCGAACAAACAAACAAAAACAACUCUUUUUUUUUGUUGUUUUGUUUUGCUUCUGGAUAUUUUAGAAGAGAGACUUUUUGUUUAUUGUUGUUGUUUUGGUUCUGGUAGGACAAAACAUGUUGACGGCUACUAUGGAUACGUACCUUGGAGAUUUGUGGAGGAUACCCGCAUGCGCUUGCGUACGCCAUAUGGAUUAUUGUAUAGGGUAGGGGUCCCUUCAGUGUGGUACGAAGAUGUGUCCAUCGGGAGAGUGGACAACAGUUUGCUGUGAAAAUCGUGGAUGUUGCCAAGUUCACUUCCAGCCCUGGCCUCAGCUCAGACGAUUUAAAACGAGAGGCCAGCAUCUGUCAUAUGUUAAAGCAUCCUCACAUUGUCGAACUGCUUGACACCUACAGCGCUGAUGGGAUGCUUUAUAUGGUUUUCGAAUUCAUGGAGGGCUCAGAUCUCUGCUUUGAAAUUGUGAAGAAAGCUACAGCUGGUUUCGUCUACAGUGAAGCUGUUGCUAGUCAUUAUAUGCGCCAAAUGCUGGAAGCCUUAAGGUAUUGUCACACCAAUGACAUCAUCCAUCGAGAUCUCAAACCUCAUUGUAUUUUGUUAUCAACUCGAGAGAAUUCGGCCCCUAUCAAAAUUGGAGGAUUUGGUGUAGCAAUUCAAAUGGAUGAGACUGGCAAGGUUUCUGCAGGUCGCAUUGGUACAUCUCACUUCAUGGCACCAGAAGUUGUAAAGAACGAAGAAUAUGGGAAGCCAGUGGAUGUGUGGGGAUGUGGUUUGAUGCUGUUUAUUUUGCUGGCAGGUUACCCACCGUUUUAUGGAACAAAAGAAAGGUUGCAGAAGAUGAUUAUCAAAGGAAAAUAUCACAUGCGGGCAAAACAGUGGGAUUUCAUUUCGGAAUCUGCCAAAGACCUCGUGAAGAAAAUGCUGGAAGUUGAUCCAGAGAAAAGAAUUACAAUUGAAGAAGCCCUCAAUCAUCCAUGGAUUAAGAUGUCUUCUAUCAAGCAAGCAGGCAGUCUGGAAAAAACUAAAAUUCAUCUCCAAGAAACGGUGGAUGAAAUGAAAAAAUUCAAUGCUCGGAGGAAGUUAAAAGGUGCUGUCAUGGCUGCUGUGUCGAGUCCAAAAUGGACAACGUUUUACCAUGAUCCUCCGUUAACCUAUGAAGAUGAACUUACGUCGUCUGUGAGCAGCCUUCUUCUGUAUUGCACUCCUCAAGUAGAGACAUUAGCGGCUGUGUCUCAGGUGUUGGACAGUCUUGAAGAAAUCCAGUGUUUGACAGAUUGUGCGGAAGCAGAUAAAGAUUUCCUGGAAUCUGUGCUCCAAGACACAAAACUUCAUGCCUUAUUAAACUUGUAUGACCGAAUCAACAGUCAAAAUUUUCAACCUGGAAGCAUUACCCCAUCGCCAACGUCUGACGCUGUUAGUCAAACCAGAGAUAUUUUGGAUGCUCUGAGUGACUACUCAGACACAUGUGCUAACGAAUCGGAUGAAUUAAAGUCUCUCCUAACGAAACCACAUGUUCAGGGUUUAUUACAAGCCCAUGAUGUUGUUGCUCAUGAAGUCUAUGGUGAAGAAGCUAUCCGAGUGACCCCGCCCCCAGAACAACCAUACAUGAAUGGCGAUGCUGAUGCCGAUAGUUCCGAUGGGGACAUAGACAUGGAGAAUGUCACCCGUGUUCGACUGGUUCAAUUUCAAAAAAAUGCAGACGAACCAAUGGGUAUUACCUUAAAAGUAAAUGAAGAGGGCCGUUGCUUAGUGGCACGAAUCAUGCAUGGUGGCAUGAUUCAUCGGCAAGGCACACUCCAUGUUGGAGAUGAAAUACGGGAAAUCAAUGGAUUUAGUGUUCGCAAUAAAACAGUGGAAAUGUUACAAAGGAUGUUGAAAUCUCUACAAGGCCCCGUCAGCUUCAAUGUUGUCCCAUCAGCUUCCUCCUGGUACUUCAGUGACAAAUUCGACCAGAGUUUGAACCCCAAAGAGAAAGAAGCACAACGGACUGUACCUAGUUACAGAUAUGUUCCGGCUCGGUGUGAGAUAUUUGUUCGGGCUCUGUUUGAUUAUGAUCCAACAUCCGAUGAACUAAAUCCUUGCCCCCAAGCCGGAAUACCCUUCAAAAUCGGAGAUGUAUUACAGGUAAUCAACAAAGAUGACCCUCAUUGGUGGCAGGCCCGAAAGUGGAACUCACCCUCCACGGAGCCAGCCGGUCUUAUACCGUCUCCAGAGUUGCAAGAAUGUCGUGUGGCAUCGGCAGCUUCUGAGAGAGCCAAACAGGAGAGUGCAGGCAAGUAUUCGAAGAAAGAAAAUAUAGACAAGUAUUCCAGACGAGAAAAUGGAGGUCACUGUUCGUGGUUUGGACGGAAAAAAAAAGACAAAUACUUAGCCAAACUCAAUGCCAUUUUUGACCAAUUGGAUUUAGUUACUUAUGAAGAAGUCGCGCGUUUACCGGCAUUUCUACGGAAGACACUGGUCCUUUUAGGCGCACAUGGUGUUGGACGAAGGCACAUCAAAAACACAUUAAUUACAAGUCAUCCAAACAAAUUUGCUUAUCCCAUUCCACACACAACACGACCGCCUCGAAAAGAUGAAGAAAAUGGGAAAAAUUACUAUUUUGUGACACGAAAGAAAAUGAUGGCUGAUAUAGAAGCUAACGAAUAUUUAGAAUAUGGAACACAUGAAGAUGCUAUGUACGGAACGAAAUUAGAAACAAUACGACAUAUACAUGCUGAAAGUCUUAUGGCAAUACUUGACGUAGAACCUCAGGAUCUGAAAGCUUUACGUUCGGCUGAGUUUGCUCCCUUCAUUGUCUUUAUUGCCCCACCAUCUUCUGUCAGUGAGGCCCCACUACAUGAUGGAAGUUUAGAACGGCUAGCAAGGGAAAGCGAGCUUCUUGAAAAAGCUUAUGGACAUUACUUUGACAUGAAAAUAGUAAAUAAUGACAUUGAAGAAACUAUUCAAAGUCUUGAACUCGCCAUUAAGGAUAUAUCUGUAACGGCACAGUGGGUGCCAGUUAGUUGGGUCUACUGAGAGAGAUAUAACUGGACAAUAAACAAAACUCUGAACUUGCUAACUGCCUCCUUCACUCGCAACCAAACAUUCUUCAGAUAUUUUGCUGCAACGAAACUAUCAGCAUUUUCUCUGAUAACUUUACCUAUCAAACCCACUUUCCCAUCAAACUGUGAACAAAAUCUGGUCCUUACGAAACAAAGAUCAGAAAUCAGUUUUGUUUGUUUUUAAUUUUUGGUUUGUUAUAAUUAUUAAACAAAAUUUUUAAAAAUCAUAUAAAAAAUAAAAAUAAAACAACUACACAGAAAAAGAAACUCAUGGCAGAUAAAAAGAGGGAAAAAAAGUAAUAUUUUAUCUGUUUUCUUACCUGAUGGCAUGGUUUAUCUGAGGUGUAGCGCCUUGAUCCUGUUGACAAAGGAAUAUUACCCUCAUCUCCCUAUUUUGUCAAUAAUAAUAAAUACAAGGAAAGAAAGGCACAAGAAGGAAGGAAGAAAAUGAAACAUUAAUUACAUUUCCACAAAAAUGUGAAAUGGUAAUUCUGGGAAUGAUUCUGAGAAACGAGACCAAAGAACUAAAUUCAUUCUUCAUCCAUAUGGCUCAACCUUUCAACAACCAAUCAAUCAAUUUGCUGAGCUUACCUCUAUAUUUUGCAGCAGAGAGUGGUGCAAUUCAAUUUUUUUUUCUUCAGUGUGUGUGUGUGUGGUUUUUAACAUUUUUUUUUAUCAAAGGUUUGUGAAGAACAACAAGAACAAAAACAAUUAUCACAACUCAA